CAGGGCUAUGUGGACCCCUGUGAAGAGCCGCUUGGGGUCCAAAUAUUUUUAGGGUAUCGAAUGUCCCGCUGCUCGAGUUGAAGGUGGUUAAGAACAAUGGAGUAGAAUAAUAUAUUAUGACCUGAAACCUGUUAUUUUCGAGGAACAUUAGUUCUGAAGAGAAGUGUAUAUCGUCAAUAAACGACAUAGCAUGUGCUAAAAUGGCACCGCUAACAUUGCAAACCUCGGUUAGUGCGUUGAGCAUAAGCUCCCCUAUUGAAAAAACGGCAGAUAUAUCCGAACAAAAAGAAAUCGAAGCAAUCUGGAAAGAAGUCUACAAUAAGGUCGUCGAGCUCGCUGGUGGGGAUCCGAGACGGGUUCAAGGGACCCUCGACAUAGACGCUGUUCUCAAGUACGUUGACGACGUGCAAGCCUCGAGCAAGAAGAAGUCCGAGAAAUUCGGCACGUUCAGAAAUAUAGUCAAUAGAACGUUACAAUGUAUAAAUACUGUUGGAGGAAUAGUUGCCGACGGUGCCUCAACCGUCUUUGCCCCAGCGGGGAUGUGCUACAACGCACUCACCUUCGUCAUCCAAGCUUGGCAGGGCUAUGAAGGUAUCUUUGAUAACCUUGCCGAGUUGCUUGAGAAAUGUACAGAAUUCCUCGAGCGCCUCGAGUCCUACCAGGGAAAGAUGGAUAAGAGACUUGCACGUGUUGCGGUUCAAAACCUUCGACUGUUCGUUGAAAUAUGCGAUCGCACAAUCAAGCUGCGCAAAAAGCACAACAAGCUAUUUGCCUUCACGAAGCAGCUAUUCUUGAAUGACAAUGGCAUUCAGGACCUUCUUAGCUACAUGGAUCGACUCAAUAAUAAAGAAGCCCUUCUGGUUAACGCGCAGACUUACAAGAUCGUGAGUGAUAGCGCCGGAGACAUCAAGUUAAUACUUGAUGGCCAGAAGGAGCAGAAGAAGGAACAAGAGUCAAAGAAGUGGAGGGCGGCCAUUGCAAAAGCACUAGGCUUCCCUCCUACGUCGUUAGACAAGGACGGAGAGCCGAUUCCAUCUUGGCAAAAGACUUUUGAUGCUCGCAAAAACAUGCUGGUCGAUGACACUGGCAAGUGGAUCUUAGAAGAUAAGGUAUUCCUGGAAUGGACGGACUCUAAAUCUUUUAAGAAGCCCGUGAUGGUUUUGGGAGGCAGGAAUGGUUCUGGGAAAACGUCGGCGAUGGCUAACACUAUGAAAUAUCUAAGGAAGAUAAGUCAAGUUGGACCAGCUUCUCGAAUUGUCACGCCUUACUUCUUUGUAGAUGUCGACAAGAAGAAAUCUGACGAUGAAGAUACCAGCACUGUUUUAGAGUUAGUUUCGCGGGCGUUACUCUGGCAGAUUUCGAUCGCCUACGAAGCGAUGACUAAAUCCGUGUACCAAAUCCUUGAGCGAACUCCCGAAUUUGAUGGCUCGCUCGACCUCUGGCAACAGCUAUUCAUUAACAACAAAGAGCGCAUGAACCCGGAUACGGCAUUCUUCUUAUUCAUCGACAACUUUGACGAGACCCUCGUUCCACUACUCGAGAAACUAACCUCCGGACACAUGGGCAAGAAGACUCGAGUCUUCUUGACCACCCGACCGCAGAUGGUCUCGGAUUGGUUCGAAGAGGAAAGGGGGAUCGAGUUCAACAUGAUUUCAAUUUCCGAGCAUAAUCAAGAUGAUAUUGACAAGUAUAUCAUUUCUCGAAUGGAUAAUAUGCCUAUCCUCAAAGAUCCUAGCCGCCCAGGUAUUUCCGAGUGGCGAGAUAAGAUCCUGAGGACAUUACGAUUCAAGUGUGCCGGUGAUUACUUCAAGCUAAACUCGAGUCUUGAUGCCCUUGCAAAGGUCGACUUGAUUGAUGAUAUCAACGAGGUGCUUGCGGAUGCUGAUAGGACUCGUGUCGAUCAGAUAGAUGCUGAACUUCGGCGGCUCAACACCUCUCGUACCAUCAAAGAAAUUCAAGAAAUAAAUGAGAUCAUCCUAUGGAUCGAGACUGGCCGACGUUGGUUGACAAUCAACAUGAUGGAAGACCUCUUGUCUGUGAAAUACCGGAAUAGCUCGGUCGCGCAAUCCCCCAACCCCAUUAUCCCGCUUACGCGACGAAAGACAGACUCGCCAAACAUUGAGAGCAUCGCCCAGGAGGCUACCCCUAAAACUCUGACCAUAUCACUACUUCCUUUUGCCCAGAAGCUAGCGGAGAAGUACCCAAUAUUCGCCGUAAAGGAUUCAGGAUAUAUCGAUUGGCGCUCCGCAGAGAUCAAAGACAGAAUCCCAUCAAAAGGUUCCGACUCAAAUGCCGCGAUGGAUGUUGCCGCAUCGGGUCCGCAGAUAAUUCAAGAGUCCGAAAUUGUUAUCGUCCAGCAUUUUCUCAAUAAUGUAUGUCCUCCCGAGCUCUACGAAAGGUUCGAAUUCGAGCAUUUUUUCCGUAUGAAGCUCGGCGCAAGACACAAGGAGUACAUCUGCCUCGAUCCCGAUAACGCUGAUAUAAAGGCCGCCAUAGCCUGCUUGACCAUUCUUACGGAGGAAGAACUGAGAAACAACCGAGGUCUCCGUCAAUAUGCAAUUAAUUGGCUGUUAGACCAUUUAAAAGAGGUCGAUCUCUCGGCAGCUGAUCGAGAUUUGAAAGCGCAAGUUGGCCCACUCCUCGUGAAGUUAUUUACAGAGGAAUGUGGAGUUGACUCCUUGUUCUGGCCUUUCGAGCUGGGCGUGAGCAAACAAACUUGGGAAGACGACGAGAACGUCGAUAUUCGCUACACUCGGAUUGAAUGGGUUUAUUCCACGGCUGGAGUCCAGGAGGUCUCCCGCUGGCUGCGUGACUCUUCAGUGACGAAGCGCAUCACCAGUGACCACCCAGGCGCCUCAUUUGUUGCAGAAGUAAAGAGCUCCGCCAACCUACACAAGACAGUGCUCUCGUAUGCUGCUAAACACUUGGCAGACCAUCUAUUCCGCCGUGUGGAGUUCCUUAACCGUCAUUUCCGUUGUGCGUGUUGUUUUAUUCGCGGGUAUUUAUCACGACUUGACCCAGAAAGGGCAUCUCAGAUGCCAAAUGAUCCAUCUGCAUAUACUGAGGAGAGCAACGUGCACAUCGCCGACAAGUUUGAAAGCGCACAAUUCACUAUUGAACAAGUAAAUGAGAUUGAGACAUUUGCAACGGAAGUGCUUCAAAAGUCAAAUGAUACGCCGGAAGCGGAGUCGAGUUGGGAGACUCAUGGUGCAUUAAUUGUAUUUCAAUUAUGUGCUUCCGAAGCCAGCGCCAUCGAGAUUUAUCAAUCCCGAGCACGGAAGGCAGUCGAUCUUGACCCUCGGAAUUGGCACGCGGUUCAUUUCAUCGCAAAGCAGCCGAACACUGGCGACGAAGAAGCAGUGCAGCUACUAUCGCGGGCUAAACAAGAAAUUGACAAUAUUCGUGCUCGAGAUCCAGACUGGAUUAUGGACGAUUCUAACUCAGCAUUGCUAGCACGUAUUACGUUGGAUUUAGGAGAUCGCCUGUGGGACCUGUCUCGGGACUAUCAACUUGCUGCACGCACCCAUAGGGAGAGUCUCGAGUACGACUACGUCCGCUUCACGGACUAUACCGAGGUCCUUACUCGAUACCAGAAACACGGGGCAUUUUCCGAGUUUAUUGCUUUUAUCGAGACGUUGAACAAGACCAGCGAGACUUGGGCCGAGUACUUCGACGAGUUGGUUUACGCAUUCGUCUAUGAGCUGACAACCGAUUCAGAUCCUAACAAGCUAGCCCAAGCUGCGGAUGAAACCAACCGCUGGGACGUCAUUGAGGCUUUCUUCACCCUGGCGUUAGAUAUGGGCGUAAAACGAGAAAACCACGAUCUCCUGUUCCUUCUCCGGCACGGCUUUGCAAAGACGCUUGCGAACGCCGCCGACGGACUACAGGAAGAUAAAGUUGUCGCCAUCCAGGAGAAGGCCCUUGAAGAUGUUAAGCUUCACCCCAGCGAUGCUUUAUCUCGGUAUGAUAUAGACGAUAUGACCAACUCUCUCGCCGAGAGCUACUUGCGUAAAGCGUUCCAGCCUGGUUUAGUUGUUGACAAGGUUGACUUUUACGGGUCUCGUAUUGCCGACUUGCUUCCAGAUGUCACAAACGAGAGGCUAAAUAUUUGGGGGAGCAACGUUAAUAUAUGCUGCCUGGUACGAUACCACCAUAAGCGUAAGAGCGGCUCAAAACUUGCCAAGGAGUGGACGCAGAGGAUAGUACGAACAAGCAUCGAACUUCUUUCGGAUGAAGACCAGGAGAACGAUGAAAUGGCAUACUGGUUGCUAGAGCGCCUAUUAACUACUAUCGAGGAUACGAGACGUGUUCGAAUUUUGUGGCAUCUGCGCAACUUGGCGCAGCAUGAGGCUCUGGUCAAAUGGCAGGAUUGGGCGGCCAAUCAUGUUAAUACACCAAACGGCACAGUUAUAAACGGUAUCUCUAGCUCUGCGGCCAUUGACGGUGUGAUUAAAGGAGGCGAUAAUCCUAGUAGCGUACUGCUCGAGCCGCCUACGCCAUCAAAAGCUAUCAACGACAAUGUCGCCACAGCUCCUGAGAAGCCGUCUUGGUAUGUGAGCUGUGACGGCUGCGACAAGCAGUGGACUGUGGUCGAUGUGCCUCUAUACACCUGUGCAGACUGCUUAGGCCAAAUUCAACUUGACAGCGAAUGUUACGAGCUGCAUAAGAAGGGCGGGUUACAGAAGAAAGGAUUGAAGUGUACGAAGGAGCAUGCCUUUGUCGAAGUGCCCGCUUUCGACGCAAGCUUUUAUAAAGGAAUUCCAAAGGCUUCAGUACCUCUUCCCGACGCCAAGCCUGUGGAGAAGAGGUGGAUGUCUCUUGAUGAGUGGAAAGAUGAGUUGAGGAAGCUGUAUUUGGAUGGCGACACUGUUGAAGGUAACCUGCAAACACUGGAAGCUGUGGCGUAGGUAAGGCUGUAUGUGAAAUAUUCUGGUAAAAUAGGCGUUCGU